AUGGAUUAUCCCAAUCUAAUCAUUGCCCUCCUGGGGGGACUACAAAUGGUGCGUGCAAUCACCGUGUCUUCUCCCGCCAAAGGCCAGAAAGUAGACAUGAAGCAAGGCUUGACAGUAUCUUGGUCUCUAGAUGAAAAUGACAACAAGUCAGCUAAUGUCACAAUCGACCUAUUCAUUGGCGAGCAGUUCUACUUGCUCUUAACCCCCCAGCCUGGAGUUCCCGCCAAUGAUCUGAAUUACACCUACCCGUACACAUCUCCAAAUUAUAUCGAUGCGGAAGACAUAUAUAUUGUCCGGCUGUUCGACGGAUCUGGCAGGGCAUCCUCGUCGGAUGUCUUUUCCAUAUUUGAUACGGAUGAUUUUGUCCAGGCAACGUCGAUUACGAAGAUAAGUCAUUCUAAGACCGCCGCAGUCCGAAAUGGGACUCCCUCUACUUCACCUUCGCUUUCGCCGUCUAUCAGUUCCCUAAAAACGACCCAAACGCAGACACCAACCCCAACACCGACGGCUUCUCAUAGCGCAAGUAGGCACGGAUAUGGAGAAAAUGACGCAGGAUUUUCUAUGGGAAUUGCUGCUGGUCUAAUAGGCUUGCUUGUUCUGGGAUUUGCUGGUUAA